AUGGCCCUCGACGCAAUGGACCUCGAUAACUCGCCCGCGCCCACAGACGUGGAGCGCAAACGCAAGCACAAGAACAAGGAUGCCUCGCCCUCCAAGAAGCGCAAGCAGGUCGAGCAAUCCGCCGACAAGUCCAAGUCCAGCUCCAAAAUGGACAAGACAAGCUCAAGCUCGGCCGGCGCUGGCGCUACAACUGCCGGAGUCCCCGGGUCUCCCUUCUCCCUUACCACGGCCACACUAUACCUGCCGCUGGCGCCGAUUUCCAUCUCUUCCAACGUUGCGCUACAAUCGCUACUCACCGAGCAUAUCUCCCCGCUGCUUCUCACCUACUACCCCCCGCUGAAGGGUAUCGUUUUGGCCUACAGUCAUGCCUCCAUCUCCGCGACGCCACCUUCCUCUAAACCUCGCAAUUCCUCCUCCGAUCCCAACCCCAUGCCGCUCACCAUGGCCCGCAGCGCAGACGAGUACGGCGUGCUGUACGUCUACCUGACAGCUACCUUCCUGGUAUUCCGGCCGCAGCGCGGCCAGACCCUCGAGGGCUGGGUCAAUGUUCAAUCGGAGGGUUUCCUGGGUGCCGUCGUCCUGAACUUGUUCUCCGUUGGUAUCGAGCGCAAGCGACUCCCCACAUCGUGGACGUGGGUGCCCCCCGGCGAAGACGGUGAAACGUCCGAGAAUGCCGUUAAAGACCUGACUACGGAUGAUGAGGCCGGUUCCAAUGCCGUGCCACCAAGCUUCGAUGCUGAGAAGGAGCAGUUCCAGCCCGCUGCGCUGGCGGCCGACGAGCUCGAUAUCGAGGGUGAGACGGCAGAGGAGGAGGCGGCUAGUGGACACUUCCAGUCGAUCUCGGGUCACAAAGUGCGCGGAAAUAUCAAGUUCCGUGUUGUGGAUAUCGAUGUAAUUCCAGGCUCGGAACGGGACCGUGGCUUCUUGAGUAUUGAGGGAACGAUGUUGACGGCCGAAGAGGAGGAGGCCCUUUUGACGGCAGAGAGACAGGGUCAGUCUCUGCCUCCUUCGUUCUUGGCAUCGCCCAGGAAGAAGAAUGGGCGCAUUAUUCCGAUCUCGAGCUCUCCAGCUGCGGAUGCAGUGGUCGACGUUUCCGUUGUGGAGAUUGAGGAACCUACCGGUGAGAGUGUGAGCGUGUCCGAGCCCGUGGAGAAGAAGAAGGAGAAGAAAGAAAAGAAGGAGAAAAAGGACAAGUCCAAAUCCAAGAAGGAGAAGAAGGAGAAGAGCAAGAAAUAG